AACGCAGCGAGACUCCGAUGAGGUUCGCUCAAUAGUCUUGCUCACAGACCUGGAUUGCAUGCCAGAGAGAAUGAGUACGUACGAGAAUUAUAUUGACGGGGCUAUGGUGCAAACAGGGGAGGUUAUAAUAGUCCCGGAGAGUCGCGCAGCACAGUUGGCUGGCUCACGUCCCCAGGAGCGAAGCCGCGGGGGCAGGGUUCGGGUUAAUGAGGAGCUCCUGGGGGUCCCACUUCAAAGAGACUUGCCGUUUGGGGAAAACGCAUUUUGUGAGGGUGAUAGGAGUAAACAGGGGCACAGAUCCGCUGACAGAAUCACUGCGGGUGUUUCACUCUCUGGAGCGCAUGUCCAGAGAAAACACUACGUUUCGGUCGGGGAUUCAAUCGGGUUUGGGGACAGUUCAAAUCCAGUUUUAUGCAGAGCGCGGGUACACGCGCAUGUAGGAGUUGGGAAACCACCAAAGGGCCGGGUUAUAGGUGCUGAUGGCGAGGAUAGAGAUCCCAGAGACAGAGAAUACUCCCGGCACAUGGUGGGGACUGUUGUGGCCGUACAGGAAAACAACGCCAACUGGAGUUUUGACAGCAGGCCAAGUUUGGAGACAGACGCACGAAAUUGUGCGGCACACGUGUAUUCAAACCGCAUCCCAAGAAACACAGAAGAGAACGUUGUAAUAAGAAAUAUUGAGAGCUAUGAACCUGACUAUGCUGGGGACGUUAGAGGUGGUCUGCAGAGUCCGACUUUUUUCCCCACUGAGUUAGAAAUAUGCGAUAUUAACGCGACAUCCUUGUGCGCCACAGAGGCCUCACUCAGGUACCCUUUAGACAGCGAAGAUGAUGAUUACUAUGAUAAUGAAAUUCUGCCCUUCUACGAAACAAUCAGACCAAAAAUUGACGAUGAGAGAGCAGAGGCUGCAGAGCUGACCCAGCCUGGCCAGGAUAAAGAACAGGCUGAUGAUAGUAACAGUGCCCAGGAAACAGACAGGCUUAGGAACCAGCUGAAAGAGGCUUAUUACCUUCUUAUCAAUGCUAUGAAUGAUAUCAACAUGGAUGUCCAGCAGAUUAGUGGUGGUUUAACCGAGCAGCAGGCCACCUCAUCAUGUAGUAGCCACUCCAGGGACAGCCUGUGCUCCAGGUUGUCUUUGAAAAACAGGGACAGUGACUCCUGGUCGUCAGGAGAGGACCAAAGCCCUCAGCAGGUGUCUGACACUGACUCACUACUGCUCUGUCUCACUGGAAAUGUAGAGACAGGACUCAAAGGCAGGCUGAACAGUAAGAGUAUGGUGAACUUGUCUUUGACCAAAAAACCUACACUGUUGCGCUCUGCUAGUGAUGGAGCUAUUAGAUAUCCAGACAUGUUCUCAGAGAGUGUUCAGGCUUGUGGAAUGCAAAGUGCAGAAAUCUGUGAUGAUAAAGAAGCUGAAGGAGCUAAAGGCACAGGAACGGGUGAGCUGUCUGAACCUCCGGUGCUUUGCAGUGCCAUCAGUAAUGAGGAGCUGCUGCAAGAUGCUGGAGGUGAGGAAGAACGGGGCAGGCAGCUAAAUGAGAGCAGUGGCUCGGUCAACAGCCUCACAGGUUCUUCGGACAGCAAUGCCGAGGCAGUAACACAUCGGGGUCAUGACAACAAGCAGGAGCUGAUUGAAGUCCAAGCACAGGUGGCCAACUCAGUCAACAAAGGCCACGGUGUCACUGUCAACAAGAUGCAAGAGUGGAUGCAUAAAGGUCGCAUGCUGUCUUCUGAAAUGAAGCAGCGCAUUGAAGGCUCAUCUUUGCUCCGCGGUGGAGGCCAAAGCCAGGACCGGUCCUGUCCUCAGGUUAACCCCGGAGGCUGUAAACCAGGGGUCCAGACAUCCAGCCGAGCGGGUAAAUCUGUCAAGGUCAAGCCACAGCAGCAGCAGCAGCAGCAGCAGCAGCAGCCAGCUUUCAUUGAAAAUGUUCAAACCCCCUGUGCUAAUAGCCGAGAGGUGGGCAGGACCAAUGAGCCUUCAUCAUGGAGGCCGCAGCUCACCACUAUCACUGUCUCCAAGAAGCGCAACUGGUUGCAGCAGAGCUCCCUUGGGAAGAAUCAGUGCACCAAGGAUGAGCUGCAGGGAAUGCUGGGAGCCGAGGAGGAGGGCAACCACGGUUCCCAUCAGGCACCUCCUCCUCCUAGUCCCUCCCCGGACCACCUGAGACCCUCAAGGGGAGCACCCCCUCGGCCGGUUCGCCUGCAGCUGCCUCAGGUCAGCGUUAGUCCAGUGACUCCUCACCCUUGUAGUGUGGACCCAGCUGAGGAAAACGAUGCAGAUGAUGAAGGGGAAAUUUGGUACAAUCCCAUACCUGAGGACGAUGACACAGACAAUUCAGAUCAACACCGGCUGCAAGUCCCUCCUCGAGCUGAACCCCAGAGGAGGCCCAGCAAAGGGACUGAUUUGGUUCACGGUGGCAGGACCCUAGAGGGAUCCGGCAGUGCUGGGCCAGAGGCCCUUGUGGAAAACCUCGGUGGUGGUUCAGGAGAUGUGAGUCAGGGGAAUGCUGUGCAUUCCACAGAGGCACUACAUAUGUACAGACAGAUGCUCGCGUGCAAACCUCAGGAGGAGGGGGGGCCUUCCAGCAACAAACCAACAGAUUGUCUUGACCUGCCCAACGCCGUCAGCUUUUCACCUCCCUCAAGCCCAAACCCGACCAAGAAGAGCAGCUCAAUCAACUGGUCCUUUCCAGACAAGAUCAAGUCCCCACGGACCGUCAGGAAGAUCUCCAUGAAGAUGAAGAAACUCCCAGAGCUCAGCCGGAAACUCAGCGUCAAGGGGACCCAAAACAGCAGUAACAGCAGCAACGGAAGCAGUCAGCUUGAACCGAGGGCCCAUUCUCCAAGAGCAAAUGGUAGCGGGUCAGAUGCCGUCUCUCAGACUUCCGGCCCUCCUCGAUUAGCUUCAUCAGGGGGCGGGCAGGCUAGCCGUAACGUGAUCUCACGCUACCACCUUGAUAGCAGUGUGUCCACACAGCAUAGCUUUUACAAGAAGAAAAGCAACGGCAGUUCAAAGUCCGCCAGUAAAGGUGGCUACCUCAGCGAUGGUGACUCGCCAGAGCUGGUGGCCAAAUCUGGUAAACACGGGUCUGCAGAGGGGAAGGGAGGGAAAGGCAAAGAGACAGAAGGAGGGGGUGGAAGCUCCAGAAUCAAUGGCACAGAGCUGGACAUUGAUGCUUUCCGUCAUUACAGCUUCACAGAGCAGCCCAAGUGCAGCCAGUACAUUUCAGGACUAAUGAGCCUGCAUUUUUAUGGUGCUGAGGACCUCAAACCUCCACGUAUUGACUCUAGAGAUGUCUACUGUGCCAUCCAGGUGGACUCAGUUAACAAAGCACGAACUGCUCUCCUCACCUGUCGAACAACCUUCUUAGAUAUGGACCACACUUUCAACAUCGAACUGGAGAAUGCCCAGCAUCUGAAGCUGGUGGUGUUCAGCUGGGAGCCCACACCCAGACGCAACCGCGUCUGCUGCCAUGGCACGGUGGUGCUGCCCGCUCUCUUCAGAGUGACACGCUCCCACCAGCUGGCGGUGAAGCUGGAGCCACGUGGGCUUAUCUACGUCAAGCUGAGCCUGAUGGAGCAAUGGCAGAACUCGCUGGACAGUGGUCCAGAUGGAGACAGGGAGCCACAGGUGUUUGGUGUGGAGGUGUGGCGGGUGGUGGAGAGGGAGAACACGGGGCUGAUGAUACCACUGCUUAUAAGCAAGUGCAUCAAUGAGAUCGAGAAGAGAGGCUGUCAGGUGGUGGGUCUCUACCGUCUGUGUGGUUCGGCAGCAGUAAAGAAGGAGCUGCGUGAGGCGUUUGAGAGAGACAGCCACGCCGUGGAGCUGUGUGAAAACACGUAUCCAGACAUAAACGUCAUCACAGGAGUACUGAAGGACUACCUGCGUGAGCUGCCCUACCCUCUCAUCACCAAGCAGCUGUAUGAGGCAGUGCUGGAGUCCAUGGCUGCGAGGCCUCUGCGGAUGGGAGCGGCGGGUUGCGAGAAUGACCAAGCCGACUCGGAGCACACAGUCAGCCUGCUGGAAAACCUGCCAGAGGUGGAGAGGAUGACACUGCGGAAGCUUCUUGAUCACCUGAAACUGGUGGCUUCCUACCAAGAAGUGAAUAAGAUGACGUGCCAGAACCUGGCGGUGUGUUUCGGCCCCGUGCUGCUCAGCCAGCGUCAGGAGGCCUCCUGCCACACCAACCGGGUCUUCAUCGACUCCGAGGAGCUGGCCAGCGCGCUACACUUCAAAAAACACAUCGAAGUACUGCACUACCUGCUGCAACUCUGGCCAGUUGUGGACCCACAUGGCCAGUCCUCUUCUCAGUCCCCAGCAGCCUGUCUGGCUGACCUGCUGUCAGCUCCUCCUCUGCGACGGAGAAAAGAGCGCCCCCAGGUGCUGAACCUCACUGGAGCAGAGAUGGCGGGUGUUCUGCGACCCAAACCGGGGCGUCUGGACAGCCCCAGCAACCGCUAUGCUGGUGACUGGAGUGGCUGUGGUGAGACCUACUUCCCUUCUGAAAUGCUGUUGCCUUCUAGCAAGGAAGAGGCAGACUAUGAUGAUGUUCCCUCAGAAGAUACUGAGGCAACUGAGGAGGUUCAGGAGAAGCACGAGGAAGCAGAAGAUGGCAUACAGCUCAAGGUUAAAUGUCCUGUGUCUGAUACCGCUGAUGAAGAGCAGCCUCAGAGAGAGGAGGUGGUAGAAGACGAGGAGGAGGAGGAGGAGGAGAAGCAAAUAGAAAGUGACAGUUCAAACAAUGGACACCCAUUAGAGGAGGAGGAGCAAGAAGAGAGGGUGUGUAACCACAUCCUGCCACCUCGGCUGCCUAAAGAGCACACUUACCAGGCCUACAUGAAGAUCCAGGAUAUCAGUCCUGUGUUGAACAACAGGGUGAACCUGAGGGACCUGCAGGAGAGCAUCGAUACUCUGAUAGGAAACCUGGAAAGAGAGCUCAACAAGAACAAGCUCAAUGUUGGAUACUGACUCUUCGAUGCACACGCAGACAUACACACCCAUGAAGCCCGACAGGUUGGGACAGAACCUAUUAUCUCUGAAGGUGCUUCAGGAUACACCCAUGGAGAUCCUGAGAUGUCACCAUGACAGUGUGGUGCACGGCAUUGCUGCCGCAAAAACCUAGAAGAUGAGAUGAUGAAAUAUAACGGGGCACUUGUGGCGUUUGUACCAUACCCAGAAACAUUCCGUAAUAUUCUCCUUUAAUUUUGUCAGCAGAUUAAACUUUAUGUUGUUUUGUUUCAGUCCAGUUCUGUGUUCCAUGUUGUUAUUGUUGCUUCUCUUCUUAUUAGAAGAACCCAUUUACCCCUCAGGGGUUUAAAAGGUGCCUUAAUUGUGUGAAGGUGGUACGUCAAGAGGAAAAUCCACCCUGAAAUAUAGCACACCACCUCCGAGGAUCUGGGCCCGGUGUGGGUAGUCAAAUAGAUAACGUGUGAAGUUAUCUUGAAGAGCUUUUCUUACACAAAAAGGCUGCAGUAUAUCAUAUUUUCAGCAGGUACAAAUACACCUUCUGUACUUUGGGGCUGUCCAAUAAAAACAGGCACAUUUAGUUACUUUCAGACCUACUUUGACCUUUGCGUGGCGGUAAAGUGUUUAGUAAAACAAAUGAAGAUCAUCGGAGGAACACGUGUACACUUUGUCUUAGGGUGGAUUUCCUUUUUAAAGGCAGCAGAGAGCUUUUCUAUUGAGGUAUAAAACACUAAAUGUUAUACAAUAAUGCACUUAAUAGGCAGACAGUAGUGUAGAUUCUCAUCGUAGUUCAUUCAGUGAAAAGGCUGGAGGAGCUGCCGCCAGUUACACCUCCUCUUUGUUCAAAGUCAUGCAUGUACUCACAGCUAUACACACAUUCUCAACAGUUUUUGAUCGUAAGCAGAAUUCUUAUGUUUCACGUGGCAUUGCAAGUGUUUGGUAAAUUCAUUUUCUUGCCCAGAAUGAGAUGAAAAGAUUGGUACCACUGUCAUGUCUGUAUAUGAAUAUAAGCUAGAGUCCGAAAGCAUGUGAGGGCCUGGUGCUGUCCACCUCUUCAUAUUUGAGACUCUUUCUUGGAUGUCUGCCACUGUGAUGGUUUCUGGAGCCUGUUCAGGGAGGUUGCUGUGGUCUGCUCUUAGGUCCACUAGCCA